GAAGACUCUGGUCUUGCUGAGCUGGCAGACAGCAAAAUAACCAGUUAUGGGAUGAAAUGUGUCUCGUGUUUGCUGCAGGGAAGGGAAGAGAUCCAAGGGGGGAGGAGGGGGACAGAAAGCAGAGGAGCCCUCAUGGGUGUGGAUCAGGGAACUGAGCAGCUUCUGCCUCUCACCAGCACUUUUGCAGGGCUUGCUUUUAUGCCCUGCACCGUCAUAUUUCCCCUCAACUCAUCUAUCAUCUCCUCAUGGUCAUGUGUGUUGGCUGGAGCCUGUGAGCCCUUCCUGUUUCUAGUAGAAAGCUUGUGGCACCGGUGAGCUCAGACACAUGCACAGGGAGCAGAAGCGAGCCCCGUCCCUGUUCAGCGGUGUACGCGGGCUCUGGUGCAGAUGCCGCGGGGAUUGCUGCUUCCCCGUCUAGCUCCCACGUGCCGCACCUCAGCCCAGGAGCCGCUGCCCUUCAGCCGCGCCUGAUCUGCUGCCGCCUCCUCCCUCUUCCUCCUCCUCCUCACUAUGUGCCUGCUGGGAUGGUCUUAUGCCCCAAAGGGAGCCGUGAUCCUGGGAGCUGGAAGGACGCAAGGGAAGGUGAGACACAGGACCCAAGGCCAUGCCCGUGUUGAGUGAGGAGCAGCUGCGCACUCACCCCAUCACUGCAGACGCCCUGCGGCCGCUGUGCCCGCGCUGUGCUGCAGCCUCAGCCCGGCCAUGGAGAGCACAGAGGUGGAGUCAGACAUCCUGCGCCGCGUCCGCACGCUGCUGCGAGAGCUGGACGGGCACCACCCUGCCUGCCAGUGUGACCGAGGGAUGCUGCGAUGGACCCUGCAUAAAAAAAUCGACCAGAAUCUCAGUAACAGCUCCGUCCUGGUCAGGAUCCUGGUGAAGGAGCUGGAAAGGGCGGAGCGAGGUGACUUCAGGCAUUACAUCAUCCCCUUGCUGCACACGCUGAUGUACACCUUGAUAAAGGCUCCUUGCAUCUCUGACGAGCUCUGUGGCAGAGUGUACGAUUUCUGUAAGAAGCUGCUCACCCUGCCCAAGCCUUUCUGCACCAUCGGUUUGGACUAUGCCAUCAGGCUGAAGAUGGAAAGGACAGCACCAGGUACCUUGUACCAAAGAAUGGUCAUUUCCGAACAAAGUCUUAAAAGCGACCCGUACCCUUAUCAGGAAAAGAUUUUCAUCUUUGCCGACCCGGAGCUGCUCUCCGAAGCCAUCUGCAAUGCGCUGGUCACCGACACGAAGGCAGCUCAGGUCUCCCAGAGCCCCCGGGCGUGUAUGUGCUAUGUGAUCAUCCACACCAUGCAGGCGGCCCUGGGCGAGGGCUGCGACGUCAGCGGCUUGAAGGGGAGCCUCCAGGACAUGCCCACGAGCGAUGUCGAGCACUGGUUCCGGCAAGUGGUGGCGGCAGUCGAGCGUGCAGGAAACGAGGCGAGCGCAGACCGCGGCCAGCACGCAGCGAGGCUGGAGAAGAUUUACCACGCCAUCCUCAGCUCCUUGCGAGCAGGCGAUGCUCCCUUGGGAGGGCUGCAGGGUACACCUCUGCCCAACCCCAACAUCAGCUUUCACCUCUGGACAGAAGAUGACCAGCUCUGGAAGGAAUUGGUGCUGUUCAUCCGCCCACUGUCACAGAGCUGCGAGCCCGACGGCCUAAGCCAGGACCUGGACAACUUUGAGAUCCAGGACAUCAUUUCAGACUGCGAGUGCUGCGAGCAGACCCGCUUCUCCGUGCUCUCCACCGACAGUGGCAUUGAGCGAGAUCUACCCGUGGCAGCCGAGGAGCUCUUUACCCCUUGCAGCGCCGAGACGGAGCAAUCCCGGCUCCAGAGGAAGGGUGGCAUUAAAAAAAAAACAUCACCACUGGAGAGCGUGGCCUUCCUGCAGGCUGGCUGCAAUGGUCCCGGGGCAAAGUCCCCGGUGAAGCUGCAGAGGAGACCGGGCAUCCCUGCGGAGCCCGCGGCCCCACUCCAGAGGCUGCACACUGCCCGCGUCGUGCUGCUGGGGGACGACCGGAUCCUGGGGCGCCUGGCCCAAGCCUACCACUCUUUGAGGAAGAGAGAAACACGGCGAGUUUUCCUGACUCCCAGGCUGAACUUGCAGUUCUACUACAUCCCGGUUGUGACGGGGCAGCCAAACACCUUGGCCGUUGCGGACCAUGCUGCCACCAGCCAAGAGGAGCUCUGCGAGGUGGCCGGGUACCUGAGCAGAGCCGACCCGUGGUACGAGAGCAACAUCAACACGCUGUGCCACAUGAUUCCCAAGCUGGCCACCAUGCCUUCCUCUCCGAGCAAACAUCUUGUGACUGAUCUGUUCAUCACUGAUGUGAUCGCUUACUAUGUCCGCAUGGGCAUCCAGCCUGUCUGCUUCCCGGUCUACGCCGUGAAGAUUUUCUUCAGUGACCCAGCACAGGAGCCAGCUGAGGACGUGUUCCUCACGGAGCUGCACAGCCAGGUGCCCGAGAGCCUCUCCCACAGAGAGUUAACCAUGACCAGGAAGAAAACGACUCUGGAUGGCCCUGGCAUAGAUCUCACAGUAACAUACAGAAAGGUUGUGGUGAGCGACCGGGCGAAGGAGCUGUCAAUGUCCCUGCGCUCCACAGGUCUGGUGAUGAAAGCCAUACCAGCCGACGAGGCUGAAGAUCUGGUGUGUCUGAACGUGACCCUCACCGAAAUUGUUAGGAUCAACCACUUGUCGGGACGAUCAUUCUCAGCUGUGGCAAACAGGUUGAAAACACGCAAUAUCAAAAUCAGGAGCACAGAGCAGAGGCCCUUCAUGGUGUGUCUGGACAAGGACAGCAGAAGAACCUACAGAAAUGUGAUCAGCGUGGAAGUGUCUCCUUGCCUAGAGCCCAGCUACUGCUUGCAAAAGUCAAGGACAAUGAAAUUCAGCCUGCACGACACAGAAGAUGUGGGGCUUGUGAAAUACAUGGCCAAGUCUCUGCUGUUGCCUAUCAACACAUUUGCAGGCACCGUCCAAUGAAGAAAACAAGAAAAAGCUGGUGUGAGAGAUGUGACAUCAUGUCAUCACAGAGGAAAUGGGAAAACACACUAAAAGCCACCAACAGUGAUUUUACAAUGGUAAUGGUGUAAAAAGCUGCAACAGCAGAGGUGGAUGAGGCUCGGGGAGGACAGCCAUGCCCUGCUGAAUGACAGUGACGACCACAAGUUAACCCCCCGCCAAGGGGCGGAGCGUUGCUCAAGGACUGAGUUUUAACCUUUUGCACAAGUCAGGGAAAACCUUUGAGCUUCUUCAUUUCAGGAAGAUUGGGGAAAAUACAGCUGAGGUGAUGGUGCUUGCUGCCCUUGUGGAUCACAGAGCAGUUGCUAUCAGUAAUAUUUAUUCUGGUGGGCGUCAGCGAAACGGGGCAUCAGGGCCUGUUGCGCUGGGUUCUGCCCAGCAAACUCUUCAUUCUGGCACAGGGUGAUGUAUUUGGGUGAACCAGCAAUUAUUCCCCUGAGCGAUUUAGGAAACCUCAUUGUCAGCCUGACCACGACUGGGCGAGCAUGUGUGUUUAAUGCAGCUUCUGUGGAAGUGGGUGGGAAACCUGCUGUUGUUUCAAAGGGACCACACAAAGCAACGAUGCAUCGUGUGCAACAGGGACAUGGGAAAUCCAGUGCAAUAUUUGGCAGUGUCGAACAGGGCAAGAACAGCUCAGGCUGCGUAGGCAGUGCUGCAGGAUAUGCUGGGCUGUGAGUGGUAUAGAUCUGCUUGAAGAAGAGACCUUCUUUGAGCAGACAACCGAGUCUGGACAACAGCUUUUUGACAUCUGAUCUGUACCUUUGAGUCUACCUGGGAUUUCUCUGUGGCUUCGACCUCUCCGCAUCUGGUCUGGAGCCUCAUGAGCACCGGUUGCACCGGUUCCUCCAGUUGUACAUGCUGGGAACAGCCACCUACAACCCCAGCAGCAGCGGACCUCCUCCCUGAGGUCAGCCAGCAAUACAACUGCAUCCCAGUCUGCCUUGCCGUCCUGGUUUGGUCUGUGUCUGCUGUGUGGGUAAGAGAUGUAGAAGAGUGGAGUAGUGCUCCUGGGAAUGAUGGAUGGACAGGAUGCCUGCAAGACUUCUCCAUUCCUUUCCUCUGCUGCUACCACGGUGUAGAAACCCUCCUCUGGUUUGCAGGUGGGCCAGCCUGAGCAGUGACAGCACAGCUCCUGCUUCCACCCAGGCUCAGACUAACCUGGUGUUAUGAUCAUGUAGGAGGACCCUGUCUUCGUUCCAGUUUGUGUCUGACUGAAAUAAUGGAAGAAACAUGCUGUGUAUUUAUUGAC